AUGCCAGGCGUAAAGGCAUCGCCAAAGAAGUCCCUGUCGCCCUCAAAGAAGGGCAAGGGCAAGCAGCGCGCCACCACCGCCGACGCUCCAUCGCCCGCUUCAUCAACCCGCUCUCGCGACGCAACCGACGCGCCGGCGCACAAGAAGGCUGUGUCUGCCUCUCCCAUGAAGAACGGCAAGAAGGCGAAGAAGGAACAGGUUCAGGAGGAGGAUGAGAACGAGUUGUUGAGCUUGGCGGAGCGGAUUGCGGAGAGCGCUCACUUGCUCGUCAAGGGCAGGGGGAGCGACGAGCUUGCGCAGGAGGCUCGGCACGUGGUCAAGCGGAGCUUUGACAAAGCCAUCGCCUCUGAGUCGCUCGCCUUCCCGCAUCUGUCCACCCUCCUCGCCUCCCUUUCCCCCGCCGCCGGUCCCUCCACCCGUUCUCGCUCGGCCGCCUCCUUCGCCGACGACGAGCCAUCUUUCUCGCUCGUCCCGACGCCCAUUCCCGAACUCACGACCGACGGGAUGGACGCCGAGAUGAUCUGGGAGCAGAUGGAGUUGAGGGGACAGACUGUGAAUGGAUUGAUGGAGGAGAUGUUUGGGCAAGGAGAAGAGGACGAGGGCGAAGAGGGAGAGGGAGAGUUUGGCUCAGACGAGGAGGAAGAGGGAGAGGAGGGCGAGUUUGGACAGGAGUUGGAGGACGAAGACGAGGUGGAGGAAGGCUCAGACGCGGAGGACGAUGAGGACAUCGACUUUGACGACCUGCCAGAGGCGGCGAAGGAGGAGUACUACCGGCGACUCGGCGAGGGUGAGGACGGAGAGACGGAAGACGAGGAGGACGAGGGAGAGGAGCGGCAGGAGCCUCAAGCCGAUCCCUUGACGGACGAGACGAGCGGAUUGACGCUCGACAACUUUGACGGCGACCGCAAGGGCAAGAAGCGGCGGACGGAGCGGGGCGUCCGCGCGAUCCUCGCAUCCGGCCCAAAGUCCGAGGUCGACGACGCCUUCUUCUCCCUCUCCGACUUCCACCGCGACGCCAACGAGGGCGAGUACGAGAUGGCCAAGAUGCUCCGCGGCGAGGUUCCCUCGGACGAUGAGGACGACGAAGACGAGGACGGCUCGGGCGGGAUCGACCUCUUCGCGCCAAUUGGAGGUAUGGGUGACGACGACGACGAGGAAGAUGAGGAAGAGGGAGACCUCGAUGCGGGAGGCGUCAUGUUCAAGGACUUCUUCGACCCGCCUAGUCGGCCACCUCCCCGCGGCAAGAAGGCUUCUCUCGCCGGCAAGAAGGUCAAGGCGCCUCUGCCCGCAGCCGAAGCAGACGACGGGGCUAUCGAGGAGAAGAAGGAGAAGAAGCGUGGCGUGCGGUUCUCCGAGUCGGUCAAGGUCAAGGAGAUCCCGCAUCGUCUGGCUGGCAAGAAGCGGAGAGCGGGCGACGACGACGAGGAAGACGAGGAUGAGGAGGGCAUCGAGAUGUUGCGGGAUUUGGUCGAUGGCGACGAGGCGGAAGAGGAUGAGGAGGACUUCGACGACGAGAUGGACGGGUCCGUGGAUGGCGAGGGCGAGUCGAUGUCACUCGACGCCGAGGACGACGAAGAGGCGGAGGACGGCGAGGGACUGGAUGAGGAGGAGGAGGAAGGCAGCGCGGACGGCGAGGAAGAAGACGAUAUCCUGGAGGACGAGCAGACCAUGCAGCGCUUCAAGUCGGAGCUAUUUGACGAUGAGGAGCCUGAAGACGAUAAGACCAAGAACAUGUCCCGCCACGAACGCCGCCUCCUCCAGCUCUCGUCGCAAAUCGCCGCGCUCGAGCAGGAGAACGUCGGCCCGAAAGACUGGACGCUCAUCGGCGAGGCGCAGUCGAAGCAGCGGCCCGUCAACUCGCUUCUCGACGAGGACCUCGAGUUUGAGCGGAUGGGCAAGGUCGCGCCGGUCAUCACGGAGGAGACGACCAAGUCCAUCGAGGACCUGAUCAAGAAGCGCAUCUUGGACAACCAGUUUGACGAUGUCGAGCGCCGGGUCGCCGUCGACCCGAACCAGUUCCUCCCGAGCCGGUUCAUGGAGUUGCAGGACACGAAGAGCCAGAAGUCGCUCGCAGAAGUGUACGAGGAUGAAUUCAGGGAGAAGCGCGACAAGGACGAGGGCAGGGAGGUCGUGCACGAGCUCGACAAGGACCUCCAGAAGCGGCACGACGAGAUCGAGGCGCUCUUCGAGGACUUGGCGGCCCGGCUCGAUGCGCUCAGCAACGCCCGCUUCACUCCCAAGGCUCCCAAGGCCGCGAUCACGACCGUAACGAAUCUGCCGUCCAUCUCUGUCGAAUCCGCCCUUCCGACCGCCUUUUCCACCACGACUCUUCUCGCGCCCGAGGAGAUCUACUCCGCCAAGGGCGCCCAGUCCGCUCUCGCCAUCGACGCCGCUGACCUCACGCCCGCGCAAAAGAAGGCGCAGCGACAGAAGCAGCGCAAGGACCGCAAGGCCGUCGCCGAGAAGACGGAGCGGAUCCUCGCUUCGCAACGGCGGAAGAAGGGCGCGAGGGGCGAGAAGGAGGCUGCAGAGGAAAAGCUGUUGGGCACGAGGGGUGUCACGGUUAUUGGAAAGGGAGGGGCGGAGAAGAAGGCUGCGGGCAAGAAGCGGAAGAGGGGGGAUGCGGAUGGUCUUGGCGGAUCAGGCGCGCAGAGCAGCGUCGGGCUCAAGCUGUAG